AUGCGUAGUUUUUAUGAAGAAAUUAUAAAUGAUAAUUAUUUUUCAGGUUACACGGGAACGCAGUGUGAGAUCGACAUCGAUGAAUGCGCAACGAACCCCUGCCUGAACAACGGUGUAUGCACGGACUUGGUGAAUUCAUUUAAAUGUGACUGCGCGAAAGGAUUCGCGGGAUCGCAUUGUCAGAUAAACAUAGACGAUUGUGCGUCAGCGCCUUGCAAAAACGGUGGCACAUGCCAGGACUCGAUAGCCAAAUACACAUGUGAAUGUCCGCCAGGAUUCACCGGAGCCUCUUGUGAAACGAAUAUCAAUGACUGCCAGUCGAAUCCAUGUCACAGCGGGACCUGCAUCGACGGAGAGAACUCAUUUACCUGCAGCUGUUUCCCCGGUUUCACUGGGAAACUCUGUCAAACCCAGAUUGACGAGUGCGAGAGCAAUCCUUGUCAGUUCGGUGGUAGAUGCGAGGAUAGAAUAAACGGAUAUCAGUGCAUAUGUCGCCCUGGUACCUCCGGCACUAAUUGCGAAAUCAAUGUCAAUGAGUGCUACAGCAAUCCUUGCAGAAACGGCGCCAGGUGCAUCGACGGCAUCAACAGGUACUCAUGUGAAUGCGAGCCAGGUUUCACAGGCCAGCACUGCGAGACGGACAUCAACGAGUGUUCAAGCAACCCUUGUGCAAACGGCGGCCGCUGCAUCGACCUGAUAAACGGCUACCGCUGCGAAUGUCCAAGAGGUUACUACGACGCGCGUUGCCUAAGCGACGUGGACGAAUGCGCGAGCAAUCCUUGCGUAAACGGCGGAACCUGCGAGGACGGAGUGAACCAGUACAUUUGCCACUGUCUCCCCGGUUACGGCGGCAAAAGAUGUGAAGCAGACAUCGACGAGUGUGGUUCCAACCCCUGCCAACACGGCGGUUCCUGCAUCGACCACCUGAACGACUACAGCUGUCAAUGUCUCGCCGGCUACGCAGGUAUAAACUGCGAAACGAACAUCGACGACUGCGUGGCGAACCCUUGUCAAAACGGAGGUUCCUGCAUCGACCUAGUCAACGACUACAAAUGCGUCUGCGAACUGCCUCACACCGGCCGGAACUGCGAGGACAAACUAGACCCCUGUUCCCCGAACAAAUGUCUCCACGGCGCGAAAUGUACCCCAUCUUCAAACUUCCUAGACUUCGCCUGUACCUGCCCAGUCGGUUACACCGGGCGUCUCUGCGACGAGGACGUAGACGAGUGCGUAAUGACUUCUCCGUGCCGGAACGGCGCCACCUGCCGGAACACCAACGGUUCUUACCACUGCGUCUGCGCGAAAGGCUACGAGGGCCGCGACUGUAUCAUAAACACCGACGACUGCGCGUCUUUCCCCUGCCAAAACGGCGGAACCUGUCUCGACGGAAUCGGCGACUACACCUGCUUGUGCGUCGACGGGUUCAACGGCAAGCACUGCGAGCUCGACAUUGACGAGUGUCAAUCUUCUCCUUGUCAAAACGGCGCGAUUUGCAACCAAUAUGUCAAUUCCUACACCUGCCAAUGCAAAUUAGGCUUCUCCGGAAUAAAUUGUCAAACAAACGACAACGACUGCACCACCAGCAGUUGCAUGAACGGCGGAAAGUGUCUCGACGGAAUCAACAGCUACACUUGCGUUUGCCAGCCAGGUUACACCGGCUCGAACUGCCAAUACAGAAUAAACGAGUGCGACAGUUCUCCCUGCCUCAACGGCGCAACUUGCCACGACGAUAUAAAUCAUCACUACACUUGCCAUUGUACUUACGGAUACACUGGCCAGCGUUGCGACAUGUACGUCGACUGGUGCGCGGACCAACCUUGUGAGAACGGCGCUACUUGCGUUCAGCACAAGAACAAGUACCACUGCAAUUGUUCCCCAGGCUGGACUGGAAAAGUCUGCGACGUUGAAAUGGUCUCUUGUAAAGACGCAGCCAUCCGGAAGAACAUCCCCAAGGAAUUCCUGUGCAACAACGGAACCUGCGAGGACAUCGGGAACAGCCACCGCUGUCAUUGUUUAGAAGGCUACACCGGUUCUUACUGCCAGACUGAAAUUAACGAGUGCGACUCUGCUCCUUGUCAAAACGGAGCUAUUUGCAAAGAUUUAAUUGGAUCCUACCAGUGCCAGUGCGCUCAAGGUUUCCAGGGUCAAGAUUGUGAGUUAAACAUUGACGACUGCCAACCCAACCCUUGUCAAUUCGGAGGAACUUGCCAUGAUUUGAUAGACAGCUUCAGCUGUUCUUGUCCUCCAGGCGCUCUGGGGUACAUUUGCGACCUGAACCCUCAAGACUGCAUGCACGACUCUUGCCACAACAACGGUACCUGCAUUGACAAAGUAGGCGGGUUUGAGUGUAUCUGCCCACCGGGAUUUGUCGGGCCUCGCUGCGAAGGUGACAUCAAUGAAUGUUUAUCUAACCCUUGUGCCAAUCCUGGAACUCAAGAUUGUGUUCAAUUGGUGAAUAAUUACCAUUGUAAUUGCAAGCCAGGCUACAUGGGGCGCCACUGCGAGGUCAAGGUUAAUUUCUGUGAAAGUUCUCCUUGUCAGAACGGCGGAGUUUGCACUGCCAAGCAAGCUGGACACAUCUGUACCUGCCCGCCAGAUUACUACGGACACAAUUGUGAGUUUGUCGGGUCUUACUGCGAUAAUAAACCUUGUCUUCAUGGAGGAACUUGUCGAGUAACUCCCACAGAAAUGGGCUACAGGUGUUACUGCCCGCCGGGAACUUCAGGAACUCACUGUGAGAUUGAUACUAAAGACGAAUGUGAGAGCAACCCUUGCCAGCAGCCUGACGCGACUUGUGAGAAUCUUGUGGGUGAUUACGCCUGCUACUGUCCUCCUAAAUGGACCGGGAAGAACUGCGAGGUCUACGAUACUAAUAGUCGGGGAGGAAUCUUUGGAAGACCUAACUCAGUAGCUCCCAAGAGUCCAGUUGACUUGGACCAGGAGCGAGAGAAGCAGAGGUGCAUGGAGAACAGAUGCGACCAGAAGGCCGGAAACGGCCGCUGUGAUCAAGAAUGCAACACUCAUGCUUGUCACUUUGACGGAAAUGACUGCUCUCUUGGUAUCAACCCCUGGAAGAACUGCACCGCGCCUAUCAACUGCUGGGAUGUCUUUAUGAACAACCAGUGCGAUGAAGUUUGCAACAACGCCCAGUGUCUCUUCGACGGGCGCGAUUGUGAGAAAACUCUGGCACCUUGUAAUCCUAUUUAUGACGCCUACUGCAGAAAACAUUACGCCAACGGGUACUGCGACUACGGCUGCAACAACGCCGAGUGCAACUGGGACGGUCUUGACUGCGAGAACGAACCCGAGUCUCUAGCCGAGGGAGUUAUUUCUAUUGUAGUUCGCAUGGACAUGAAGACCUUCCAGGAUGAAGAGCUUGCGUUCUUAAGAUACAUUGGUCAUCAAUUAAGAACUACGCUGCGCAUUAAAUUAGACGAACUGGGCAAUAGGAUGGUCUACCCAGUAAGCGACAAUGUUGACUCGAUGUUUGCAAGACCAGGAGGCUUCUCUGGAAGCAAGCAUGGAGUUAAAGCUUUUCUGGAGAUUGAUAAUCGCAAGUGUUCAACUACUGAGGGCGCAGUUUGUUUCGCUAGUGCUAAUGAAGCCGCGGAAUUCCUGGCUGCUACAGCUUCAAAGCAGGCGUUGUUGAGUAGUUAUCCGAUAGAAUCAGUCAAGGGAUUAGUUGGACCAGCUCCAGGUCCAGAAUAUCCAGAGACUCCAACGAAUUAUAAGUAUGUUUUCAUUGGACUAGUUAUUGUGCUAAUUGGCGGAAUGCUAAUUGGAGUUUUAGUCACUGCAAGGAACAAACGCGCAGUAGGCAUUACUUGGUUCCCCGAAGGGUUCUUGAGGUCCAAUGCUGGAAGUGGUCAACGGCGGCGCAGUCGCAGGCGCGGUCCAGACGGUCAAGAAAUGCGAAACUUGAACAAACAGCCGUCGGUUAAUUGCAUGGACCUUGAUAUUGUAAAUAAUCGGAGUCAACAAUGGUCUGAUGAUGAUUCUGAGCUGCCUCCGACUAAAAGAAUGCGAGCUAUUGAACCUGGGUAUGCUAGUGAUCAUACGGCGAUGACUGAGUAUGGUGAUGAAGUGAACGAUCCCAGGAUGUGGACCCAGCGGCACUUGGACGCUGCGGAGAACUGUCCGGGAGUAAAUGGAGUUCUGACUCCGCCGAAUUUAGAGCAUGGAAAGGACAUUGACGCCAAAGGCCCUUGUGGUAUGACACCGCUGAUGGUGGCGUCGGUCCGCGGCGGCGGGCUGGAUACUGGAGAAGAGGAUGAUGAUAGUGAUGGAACUGCUGCGGUUAUUGCGGACCUGGUGGCACAGGGAGCGGACCUCAAUGCCACUACGGACAAGAGUGGAGAGACUUCUCUUCACUUGGCUGCUAGAUACGCCAGGGCUGAUGCAGCCAAGAGACUGCUUGAUGCUGGAGCUGAUGCUAACUCUCAAGACAACACUGGAAGGACUCCGCUACACUCUGCUGUGGCGGCCGACGCGAUGGGAGUCUUCCAGAUUUUACUGAGGAACAGGGCUACUAAUUUGAAUGCGCGCAUGCACGAUGGAACUACUCCGCUGAUACUCGCUGCGAGGCUCGCUACUGAGGGUAUGGUUGAGGAUUUGAUCAAUGCUGAUGCUGAUAUCAAUGCUGCGGAUAAUAGUGGAAAGACAGCGUUACAUUGGGCCGCUGCGGUUAACAAUGUUGAUGCGGUUAAUAUUUUGCUGGUACAUGGCGCAAAUCGCGAUGCUCAGGAUGAUAAAGAUGAGACGCCGCUGUUUUUAGCCGCGAGAGAAGGCAGCUUUGAAGCUUGUAAAGCUUUGUUGGAUACUUUUGCCAAUAGGGAGAUUACUGAUCAUAUGGAUAGGUUGCCGAGGGAUGUUGCUAGUGAGCGGCUGCAUCAUGAUAUUGUCAGGCUGCUUGAUGAACAUGUUCCUAGGUCACCGCAAAUGGUGUCUGUUAUGCCUAAUGGACCUCUUAUGGGUUCUCCGAACCAUUCACAAUUGAUAACACCACCAACAGUGAUAGGCUCAGCGCCAAAACAGUCAAAGGCAAAGAAGCGUCCAAAAACAAGCGGCCCGGGCAACCCAACGUCGCCAGACUCAGAAGGCGCGGUGGUUGCAGCAGUCCGCAGAAAACCCUCGGUGAAGAAGCUAGCAGUGAAGCGUGGUGCUCAGCCACCCAACCAAGAAAUCCCCCAAGGAGCCGAGGGAGCUGAAGGAAACCUUCCAAGCCCGUACGACAGCGCGAGCUUGUACAGCAACGGUAUGGCUCAUGUGAACCACCCGACGCCCACGGCGAAGCAGCCGCCCCCUUACGAGGACUGCAUCAAGGGCCAGUCGAUGCAAACCCUCCAACAGCUGGGUCUGGACACCUUCACGAGUGCCUACGGUCUGCCAAAUUUUCACGACCAGCUGCUAGCACCCCACCAGCGGCAGACCCAGGGGAUGAUCAACACCCUGUCGCCGCCUUACAGCAACCAGUCUCCGCCUCACUCGGUCCAGUCUAACAUGACCUUGUCGCCCCAGGCGAGCUACAUGGGCUCCCCGUCGCCGGCCAAGAGUCGGCCAUCGCUUCCCACUUCCCCGACACACAUGGCCGCCAUGAGACAGGCGACCCACCAAAAGCAUGGAGGUAUGCCUCCAGUAGGGUUCGACUUUGAGACCCAUCCCUACGCAACUGGGCCGACCCAGAUGCAGCAGAUGCAAUCCCAGCAGCAGCAACAGCAGCAACAGCAGCAGCAGCAGCAGCAGCAACAACAGCAACAACAGCAGCAGCAGCAACAGCAGCAGUACUAUCAGUACUUGACACCUCCCUCGCAUCAUUCUGGGGCUGACGUAACUCCUCAGCACUUGAUGCAAGCCCCAGAGAGCUUCCCCACACCCUCCCCGGACAGUCCUGGGCACUGGUCUUCCAGCUCGCCACACUCCAACAGCGACUGGAGCGAAUGUAUGGCCUCUCCCAACGCCUACGCACCUGGAGCUCAGCAUCAGGGCAAUAAAGGCUCCGAGGCAAUUUAUAUUUAA